AUGGCUACUCGAUCGCGAGUAAGUCUCGCCCUCCGUCGAGCCCGAAUUCCAGCUCUCUCUGCUCCAUUCCCUCGAGUAGCUCUCCCCCAAAUUCGACACCAAAGCACAGCAUCAACAGAAGAAACCGAAGGCGUAUCCAAAGGCAAAACCGGCUCAUCAAAAACCAUAAAAUUCACAUCCGAAACCUAUCCAGAAAUCAAGCGCGACUCGAGAUUUGCAGAGCUCACUCCUGAGCAUGUCAACUUCUUCAAAGAACUGCUAGGCAAGGACUCUGCAGUUAUAGAUGGCGUCACGAAAGAUGCCACUGAAGAUAUAGAGCCAUUCAACGGGGAUUGGAUGAGAAAAUACCGGGGACACACGAAACUGGUGCUGAAGCCUGGGUCGACGGACGAGGUUAGCAAGGUGUUAAAGUAUUGUAACGACAAUAUGUUAGCUGUGGUGCCGCAAGGAGGAAACUCUGGCUUGGUUGGAGGGUCGGUGCCAGUAUUUGACGAGAUUGUUAUUAAUAUGAGCCGGAUGAACGAGAUUCGGUCUUUUGAUGACGUUUCUGGAACUCUGGUUGUGGAUGCUGGUGUUAUUUUGGAAGUGGCCGACAACUAUCUCGCCGAGAAAGGCUACAUCUUCCCGUUAGACCUUGGAGCUAAGGGAUCCUGUCAUAUCGGAGGUAAUGUUGCCACGAACGCUGGAGGCCUGAGACUACUGCGGUAUGGAAGUCUUCAUGGCAAUGUACUUGGUAUUGAAGCAGUACUGCCAGACGGAACCAUUGUUGAUGAUCUAUCUAAAUUACGGAAAAACAACACGGGUUACGACCUCAAGCAGCUAUUUAUCGGCGGUGAAGGCACGAUUGGCAUCAUAACCGGCAUCUCAAUAAUCUGCCCCCAACGCUCAAAAGCUAUCAAUGUAGCAUUUUUCGGCCUCGAAUCCUAUGAGAAAGUCCAACAUGCUUUCAAAGAAGCCAAAGGCCAGCUCUCUGAGAUCCUCUCUGCGUUCGAGCUCAUGGAUGGACACUCCCAAGACCUCGUGCACAAGGUAACCAACAACAAGCGACCCUUGGAAAACGAGUAUCCGUUUUACUGCUUAAUCGAGACGUCUGGCUCCAACGCUGAGCACGACAACGAGAAGCUUGAGAAAUUCCUCGAGCACGUAAUGGAGAAGGAGAUCGUUCUCGAUGGUGUCCUUGCGCAAGACCAAACUCAGGUAAGAGCGCUCUGGGGCUGGCGAGAAGGUGUACCCGAGUGUCUCGGCCACUGGGGCGGUGUUUACAAAUAUGACCUCUCGAUCCCCAUCAACGAUCUUUACGCGCUCGUCGAAGAGACCAAGAAGAAGAUGCAGGAAUCAGGGCUCAUGGGCGACACUGAUGAGCAUCCUGUCGUAGAUGUCGUAGGGUACGGUCACAUGGGAGACUCGAAUCUGCAUCUCAACGUUCCGGUCAGGCGGUACGAUAAGAGGGUUGAGAAGGUACUGGAACCGUUUGUAUACGAGUGGAUUGAACGGCGGAGCGGCAGUAUUAGUGCGGAGCAUGGGCUGGGCCUGGCGAAAAAGAAUUAUAUAGGAUACAGUCGGAGCGACACGAUGAUUCGGUUGAUGAGGCAGAUCAAGGAAUUGUAUGAUCCGAACGGGAUCAUGAACCCGUAUAAAUACAUCUAG